UCUAGGUCAGAGUAGUUUGAAAGUGUUUAACAAUUAACUGAUAUGAAUAUGAAAAACUGCGUUACUCAUCGCUGAUCAAAUGUUAGAAGAACGACUGCAUUUGGAGUUGGAAAAUUUAAAGAAUGAUCUGACAGUGACCGUCCAGCAGUUAAAUGCCAAGACACAAGCAGUUUCGAUUUUGAAUGCAUCAUUAGAAAAAUGCAAUAAAGAGAAGAAUGAAUUUAAGAGAAUGGCAGAACAGGUGAUGAAUCGGUACCAGAUGCUUAAAAAAACUCUCAUGGAAUGUGAAAAAGAUGAUGAGUAUUCUACCCCUGAUUUAAUGCAUUUAUCUACUAAACAGCUUGCUUCUUUAUUGAUAGAAAGCCGAGAAGCUAAUAAAAGUUUAGAACAUGAACUAAUGAACUCUCGGGAAAAAAUUGAAGAACUUCAAGGGGAUAUUAAAGUGUUGAGGAGACAACUUAAUGAUCGUUUAUGUGAAAAUCAGCAGACAGUCGAUACCAAAAUUUAUGGAAAUGAUCGCCAAACCUAUGUAACUCAGUUAGAAGAGCUUACUUUUCAGCUCUCGGAAAUCAAACGUGAAUUAGGUCAAUGUCUUGAUGAGAAACAAGAAAUUGCAACUGAACGAGAUAUUUAUCGUAAUAAAUGUGAUCGAUUGAACAAUGAAUUAAAUUAUAUUUUAAGUGGAGAUGAAAGAAAAAUUCAAGAUAUUGACGCCUUAAUAACUGAAAGCAGAAUGUUAAAAGAUCAAAUUCAAUCGUUGGAAAUUGAAAAAUCUUUAGCGUUAACUACAGUAACUAAAUAUAAAAAACUUUUAGAUCAAAAGUUGCCAAAAAACUCAUCAAUUAACAAUGAAUGUUGUAUAACACCGGCAACUUCACCUCAACAUCAAGAGAAAACAAUCUGAAAUGGUGUAACAUUUCCCUUUAAACGAUAAUUUUUAAAACAAUUUCCAUUUGACAAUAAAUCGUCUACAUUCUCUCCUAUGAUGAUGAUGAUGAUGAUGAUGCAUUCUCGAAUCACAUGAUACAUCGAAAUGAUUUUUAUCAUUCCACAUUCUGCUGUGAUAUUUAUUACAUAUAUUUUCUUGUAUGUUGUUGUGUUGAUGAUGAUAAUUUUAUUUUAUUUGUUUUCUUAAAUAAUUUUAUUUUUGUAGUAGUUCAUAGUCAGCUCUUAUGAUGAGGAUGAGAAUGAGGAUGAAACAACCUGCGAUGUUUGAAUAUGUAAAGAAUAUCGAUCGUUUUUUUUUAAUCUAUUGAUGUAUACUCUUACACAAUGCUCGUGUAUUUAUUAUUAUUAUUAUUAUUAUU